AUGGCAUAUACAGAAACAUCGCCAGCAACAUCCUCCUCACCAGAGCUGGUAGCGGCAGCAGCACUCAGCAAGGCCGCUGCGGCUGCCCGUAAUCACAGCGGAUCGCCCACCCCAUCGCAGUCCUCUGCUUCUGCUUCCGUCGCACAGCAAUCAUCUUCUGUCGCGCCGCAUCAGGAUGGCCACAAUGAACAGCAACAGCAAUACCCACCAGCUACGUCGUCGGCGGCGUCAUCACAUCGCAUGUCACCCACAUUUGUUCGACAAUCGUCUGACCACGGUUCCCCCUCUGUUACUUCCCAGCCAGCGACUUCUAUUGGUUAUCCGUCACAGCAGCCACUCCACGAUCCCAACUACCGACCAAUCCAGUCAUCGUCGUCAUCGUCAUCCUAUCAGCAGCCACAGCAGCAGCACCACCAACAACAACAGGCACAUCCUCACCAGGGCUCACAAUGGCAUGUCCGUGAGAAGGACUCUGGUUACGUCGAUCCCCAUGAGCGGUAUCAAGCCUCAAGUAGUAAAUGA